AUGACGUUCAAGGUUCCGUACGAAUCAAGUCCGCCGCCCUCCACACCAGACAAGACCAAAGGACAGAGUUUCUGGAGCAAUGUCUCCACGACACCCGCCGGCCCGCCGCCAUCGACGGCAAACUCGUUCACACCGCAAGGGCACCCGCCAUCUACCGCCUUUGGAACUUCACAGUUAGAGUCGCAUUCGAAGGUCAACUUUGGCCAAUCUACCAAUUCACUGUUCACCAAGUCCGGGGGGUUCAAGACAGGCGACAGCAUCUUCGGUUCCUCCUUCGGAUCGGACUUUGGCUUGCCCAAAACAACACAGGCGCCCGCCGCCAGACCCCUCGCACCCACACCGUCGCAGGGCCGAUUCGGCGCCGCGACGAACGGGGUCUCAUUUGGGCGCUCCGUGACUUUUGGACAAUCUAAUGGUUUCGGUUCGUCCCAGUACGAGGACUAUGACGAAGAAGGGGAAGAAGAGAUGGAGCCGGAGGAAGAGGAGAUGGAGGAGGAAGAGUAUGAGGAGAGGCUAGAGGAUGAAGACGCGGAAGGCGAUCUCGAUAUGAGCACACAGCAAUCAUCCAACCGGCUUAGCUUCUUGGACUCCAAUUUUGGGAACCCGUUGCCGACACAAUCCCCCGAGCUCCAGCAGCGCAAACCUAUCUACUCGAACCCUACCGAUGCGAAACGCCCGAAACUCGACGAACGCUGGGCCAACCAGUCCCCGCUGCGUAAGACCAAACUGUCCCCCAAGAAGGCCUCCGCAAUGCCCUCUAUCCUGCACAACCUGGCCACCAGAUCCCGAGUGCCGACUGUUGACGAGCCCGCGGAUAUGCUUAUCAACACGGAGGAUACGCUCGGCCGAUUAUACGACGAGCUUCGGGAUGCAGAGUAUCGACAUAUCGACCUUGAUGCUCUCCUUGCCCACAUUGCGAACAAGCUUGCCGCAACUUGGGAUACAUGUGCCGACCGGAGCGGAAUUUCCAGACCUUAUGGGGUUGGAUCAAGCAUUGGCCCUGGAGAGCAGGCCCCGAACCUGGUCAAGGCUAGCUUUCUGGCCUCGCUGUUGCUCCAAAUUCACCACCCCUCCCGAGGAUCUGCUCCCAUUGCCAGCGCCUCGAACCCCGCUGCGCGCGUGGCGCCCAACAGCAUGGUCAAGGCCAUGCAGCGUGCCAGUGUGGCCACUCCGCUCCCCCAAAUCUUACUCGACUGGCUAAAUGGAAACCACGCGUCUCAGACUAAUGAUUUACAGGCGCUGCGGUACGUGGAGCCCAACCCAACCGCCUCUUCAAAUUUCUGGGAUAUUAUCAACUCAGCUGUGCUUCGCGGCCGCUUUGCCGAGGCGGCGGAGAUUCUUCGCUCCGCUGACUUCAAUUACGCCCGAUCCGCUCUGGAAGAUGGUUUGCCCCAGCCGGGCUAUCGUGGUAUGCAGUUGCAGAACAUCCAGCGAUGUGUCAACAAGGCUCUUGAAAUCCUAGACUCCUGUCCCGGAUUCCAAGACGAUGACUGGGACAUCACGGGGCCCGACUGGACCGAGUAUCGCCAGCGCGUCCUGUCAGCUGUUAAUGACCUUGAAGAGUUUGCUGAGGGCGAGGAGCGAGACCAGGUAGACCUACCUGUGCAAGACAACCGGUUCCAGGCCGUGAACUUCGGGCUGUCGCACUUGGCUCAGGGCCAGAACCGGAUGAGCUUCACGCAGUCUGCGCGCAUGGCCGAGAGCCGCGUACCGUGGACGAUCUACCAGAGCCUGAGAUCGCUCUACCGAAUUAUUCUUGGCGACACGGCCACUAUUAAGGCUAACUCGCAAGACUGGGUCGAGGCGACCAUAGGUCUGACCGCGUGGUGGGAUGGCGAGGACGACGAUGGUCUUCCAGGUCUUGAUUUCCGCGCCAGCACGUCCAGCAAUGACUUCCAGCGCACACGCGGAUCCAGGAACCAGCUCCGAGCUGUGGACCGCAACAUGCGGGACGCGUAUCUGCGCCGCUUGGAUCUGGCCUUCAGUAGCGCCACGAAUGAGCCGUCCGACGAUGCCGGGUUCCGCGUUAAUACUAUGAACGGCUUGGAGGUUGGCCUGGCUUCGAUUUUUGAGGGCAAUGUGCAGGGUGUUCUGGAACUGCUGCAGUCGUGGUCUCUCUGCGUCGCAUCGGCGGUCACAGAGGUUGCCAGUCUGGGAGGCUGGUUCGAGUCUCAUUCUGAGCAGAAAAUGCCCCUUCUCAGCGAAAAUGAUUUGAUGGUUCUUUCUUAUGGGCAGGAUAACAGGCCUGCUUCCCCUGGACUCAAUAGGGAUGAGAUCCUGCGGACUUAUGCGUUCGGACUUAAUGAACGCGGCUCUAUUGAGAACGAGACUGGUGCUCGUGACGGCUGGGAAAUGGCUCUCGAGGUGCUGAGCCGACUGCACGAUGUGGACUUGAUGAAGAAGGCCGUUUCGGAGGUCGUGACCAAGCUGCCGCUGGAUAAUACUACUCAGCUGGACAAGUUGGUCGUGUUGUGCACGGAUCUGGGUUUGGAGGAACAAGGGCGCAAGGUCUCCGAGCGUUUUGGUGAUAUGACAACCGACAGCUCUGAAAACUACGGUCUGGCCCUCGUGUGCUAUGCCCGUGCUCAGAACCGCCGCAAGGUCAAGGCGGUCGUGGAGCUGCUCAUUUCCUUCAGUCUGGUGCAGUCUCGCGCCUACCCUGCCCACGCAGAUCUAGACCCAGAGCUUCGGUCUAUGCUGAAGGACCCCAAGACCUGUCUGUCGUCCAUCGCAUCCGUGGACGAGGAAGCUGCGCGUAUUCUCCAAUUUUACCUCAGCGGCUAUGCAACGCUUCGCCGAUACUAUGAGAUCCGAGACGAAGCACUAGAUUUGCAGGAGGGCCAGCGCCCGCGCUUCAAGCCGCUUGCUCGCCGGCGCGCAGCCGCCAAGGCUCUCGCGGCAGUCAUUAGUAGUGCUGCCGACAACAUCUACGGAGGACUGUAUGAUCCGCACCGCGACUCGGCUGUGCAGGUGGACGGGCUGAUGGCACUGUUGGGCGAGGCACUAGUAUUUGUGCACCAACCCACCCCCAUUCUCACCGUCUCCCAACAAUUCACCAUCCUCUCCGCAAUCGAGGACCUCGAAACCGUCACACCCCGCGUCUACGCCCAAUGCGAAGAAUGCUUCCACUCGACCCUCGUCUCCGCCACUCAACCCGCCAACAGCCACGCUCCACCCUCCCCACGCGCCUUGCUGAAGAAAUCCGUCUCCUCCCUCUCAGCAUCGACAUUCUCCAUCAUCGGCACAGACAUACUCGAGUCCGCGCGCACCCGCUCCGGCUCCGGCUCGGAUCCGGCGUCCACGGGUAGCUCAGGUGUGCUUGUCCCGCGCCCCAGCGAGAAGGACCAGGUUGCGGGCCGAGCCCGUGGAUGGGACUGGCGAGUGGGCCUGCCCGAGGCUACGAAGGGCGCGGACGUGCUUCGUAUGUUGAGAUUGGGCUUAGCGCGUGGAUUGAGCUUUAGCGCUCUGGGGUCCGUUUAA